AUGAAGUUUAAAGCUUUGAAACAAAAAUUAAAACUGUGGAACACUGAAGUGUUUAGAAAAGUUGAAACUAAGCUUAAGAAUGCUAAAGAGGAAGCUCAUGCAAUUGAAUUAAUUGCAGAAGAUAGACCAUUGUUGGGAAUUGAACAAUCUAGAAGAAAGGAACUAAUAGGUGAAAUCUGGAGGUUAAACAAAAUGUUGAAACGUAUCUGGUUACGAAAGUCAAGAGUUAGUUGGACCACACUACGGGAUAGGAAUACCAGGUAUUUUCACAUUAUGGCGUGCAAUAGAAACAGUAGGAAUUCUUUGUGUUCUGUUCUGGUGAAUGGCUCAAUGGUUAAGGAACCUUUGGAGGUUAGACUUGAGGUAAAGAAGCAUUUCAUGAACCACUUCUCUGAAAAUUGGGCUGUUAGGCCUAAACUGGUUGGUCAGUUCAAUCAUAUUGGAGAUAGUCCAGCAGUGAAUUUGUUGGAAGCAGAGUUUACAGAGGAGGAAGUUAGUCAUGUGAUUAAGAGCUGUGAAGGAAACAAAGCACUUGGGCCUGAUGGGUUUAAUUUGGCCUUUUUUAAGAAAUGCUGGGGAAUAGUUAAGUCUGAGAUAAUGCAAUUCUUUAGUGAGUUCCAUCAGAAUAACUUAAGAGAUGUCAAACCUUUAAAAAAAUAUAUCUAG